UUUGGUGGCAACAAAGAUGGCGGACUGAAAACGUUUUAAAUUGACCAUCUAAAUGCUUCGUAGCAAAUACCUCAACAAGUCGUCUUUUUUUUAAAUCUAGGAAACGUCAAACGUCCAAAUUCAAGCCUUGUUAGAACCUUGGGCGAUCGCUGCUAUGCUAAGAUGUCGACGGCCUGUAAUAGAGAACACUGAAGAGAAUUAACGCCAUCAACGAAGAAAGAGACACAAAACUGCUAAAACGACCAGCCAGUUGAAGUUUUCCAACAACAUUUAGGGGCUUAUCCUAUGCUCUUAUACGUGCGUUGACUAUGGAGCAACUUAAACAAAGAAGCACCAAGAGUUUUUUAGCUUAAAGAAAGCAGUUGAGUUCAAAUCAGAAGAGAUGGAAGAACGCAAAAGUCCAAUGAAGAAACUGGACAAACAAAAGAACCGCUUUUUCACAGAGAAUAACGACUUAAAAGAAGUGACUGUGGGGAUGAGUAAGAAUUCUGCAGUGUGUUUAGAAAAGAACAUCCUGCUUGCUGGACCACCUUCCUACAAUAACUUGCAGAGGAUCGGAGACGUCCAACAGCUGAUUGGUCACCUAGAUGAUAUUCCCCCUCAGGCGAAGGGAGGUAGCUCCACUUUAAAACAAGAGGCUCCACAGUCACCUCAUGUUAAAGAAGAGGAGGACAACUGGAUCACUCAGGAGGGAGAAUGUCUUCCAGGGCCGGUGGAAGCUGAUCCCGCUAAGUUGCCACUGAAUGUCGUCUGUGUGAAGAUCGAAGAGGAUGAAGAGGAACCAGAAGCAGACAACCUCUUAGCUCCACUAUCAGAUAGUGAGGCGGAAGACAGGGUUGAAGAAGCUGUGAGCAGCGAUACAGACUGUGAAGGUGAAAUGAAGAGUCACACUGACAACAAACACUCUAAAUGUUCUAAAAAGAAGACUGAUAAAAAACAUUUGAGCUGCUCAAUCUGUGCAAAAACAUUUACUUUUAAGAGUAAUUUGACUCAACACAUGAAAACACACACAGGAGAUAAGACAUUUAUUUGUUCUGUUUGUGGUAAAAACUUUAGUCUUAAGUGCAAUUUGACUCAACACAUGAGAUUACACACUGGAGAAAAGCCAUUUAGUUGUUCAGUUUGUGGUAAAAGUUUUCCUCAAAAGAGACAGUUGACUGAACACGUGAGAACGCACACGGGAGAAAAACCAUGUAAUUGUACGGUUUGUGGGAAAAGCUUCUCUCAAAACUGCAAUUUGAUUAAACACAUGAGAACGCACACAGGAGAGAAACCGUUUAAUUGUUUAGUUUGUGGUAAAAGUUUUUCUCAAAAGAACAAUUUGUCCGAACACAUGAAGACACACACAGGAGAAAAACCAUUUAAAUGUUCAGUGUGUGGUAAAGGCUUUACUCUAAAGCAACCUUUGACUGUUCACAUGAGAACACACACCGGACAAAAACCAUUUAAUUGCUCAGUUUGCAGUAAAAGCUUUUUUUCAAGACCAGGUUUGACCCAUCACAUAAUGAAACACGCGGAGAGAAAAAAAAUCAGUUUGUGGUAAAAGCUUUUUUGAAAGGAACAUUUUGUUUUAUCACAGGAGGAAAAACUAUAUUAAUCGAUUAAUUGUACAGCCCUAAUAGAAGUGUACAACAAUUACCAUAAAAAAGUGUUUUGUAGUUGUUGUGACGGUGUAGUAUAAUAGUGUUGUAUAUACCGUAUUUUCCGCACCAUAAGCCGCCCUGGGUUAUAAGCCGCGCCUUCAAUGAACGGCAUAUUUCAAAACUUUGUCCACCUAUAAGCCGCCCCGUGUUAUAAGCCGCAUCUAACUGCGCUAAAGGAAUGUCAAAAAAACAGUCAGAUAGGUCAGUCAAACUUUAAUAAUAUAUUAAAA